GUUGGAAGAAUGUGCAGAGAGAGAGAGAGAGAGAGUUGCAGCUUCAGAAAGUAGGUUGUUGGAGGGACAGAUUGUGUUGUUACACAUCCUAUGAUGGGAGUUGGGUAGGUGAUGCUUCAGACAGUUGCUUUAAUAUCAUUUUAAUGCAAUAUAUUUAAUCUCAGACGUCUACUGGGCUGUUGCAUCGUUUGCCAGAAGAGGUGGUGCAGGUUAAGAGCUGCAACUGUAUAAAUGGAGCCACAUUGCAAAAGGAGAAGAACCGAAGAAAUGGACCCUUUCCCGUGGGAGAUGAUUCCAGUUCUUUCAGAUGAGAAGUCGGGAGACGUUGAGCUGGUGGAAGCAUAUGCAGCCCCCAUUUUUAAUAAAAAAGAGACCUCUCGUCUAGUUAAAUUGAUGGCCAAUAUUUAUCCACUGAAUGAUCUACCGCACAUCAAGAGAGUUCGAGCUUGCGUGGACAAAGACUGUGAUCAUCCUUUGGAAAUCCUCAUUUGUCUGCGUAGCAGUGCGAGUAUUGCAGAUGUACCAGACAGAAAACCGUCUCUCAUCGACUUAUUGCCUAGUGGAAUGGGUGACUGCAACAGCCUUGGACAACCCUUCCAGGUCACGAUACCAGCUAAACAACCAUUGACAAGACCUCAGUUUGAAGCAGCCAGCCAGCACUGGCCCACAGCCUUCCAUGAAAACAAACAGGUGACCGAAGCCCUCAGAGGCCAGUUGUUUAACCCCGAAGAGAAAGCAAAGAUGCAGAUGUUUAUGGGAAAAGCCAUUGAAGCAGCAAGAGCAGGAAAGGAAAUGGGGAUGGAACCAGUAGGUGCUGUGAUCGUUGACCCUGCUACCAACCAGAUUAUUGCGGUAGGCCACGACUGCAGAAAUGGCCCAAAUGCAUUGCUUCAUGCAGUUAUGGUGUGCAUUGAUUUAGUUGCCCACGGGCAAGGUGGCGGUGCCUUUGAUCAUAAUAAAUAUCCUAACUGCCUUUUUGUGUCCACAAAAGAUUUAUCUGAGGACAACAACGUAAUAGACAUUGGUAAACCUCUGAUUCCUUCAGACCACCAAAAUGCACCUGGUAGUGGAAAAGAUUUGCCCUACAUAUGUACUGGGUAUGAUCUGUAUGUUUCUAGAGAACCUUGUGUGAUGUGCGCUAUGGCGCUGGUCCAUUCCAGAAUACACAGGGUCUUUUAUGCAACAUCAUCUCCUGAUGGAGCCCUGGGAACGAAGUAUAAAAUACACACGAAAAAGGACCUUAAUCAUCAUUAUGAGGUUUUCAAAGGACUCAUGGAAAAAGAAUGCCAGCGACUUUUAGCCUAAACUGUAAGCAGCUAUUUCAGUUGAACUGGUUUCCAAAAGUGGAACGAAAUUUAGUUUGAAUACAAAUGUAAUUUUAAAAUGUAUUUUUAUUUUAAACAU